AUGAGCACAACAGAAAGCGAAUGCCUCCAACUUAUAAACCAGGGAACAUCGGAUUUCUUCCAUCUGGCACAGAAGUACAAACUCGAGAUCAUCGAAUCUAGAAAGCCCACAGACAAGAGCGAUCUCAUAUUCUCGUAUUUCCUGCUGCAUCUUUUGGCGUCUGGCGACACGAGGAGAUACUGCCUAAACAGGGCAGAGCUAGCAGCUGUGGUAGAGUCGGGAGAGUUUGCGUGCGUUAGAACCCUUGAUCACCUGUGGAAGUCAAGCUUACUCGGAGACAUCCCGCAGAUGAAACAUGCUUUGGAUACUUUACCACACACACACCAACAAAUAGGAGUAAAUGCGUGUAAAUCACUGCAGGAAAAGCCCGUAAAGGAAGGAAGCGAGCAGUUUGGAGGGAAAGGAAGCAAAAUUCAGCAGAUUAUAAAGGCGUCAAAUAUGUUUUUCCGAGUAUAA